AUGGACCCUUCUCACCUCGAGUCCUAUCCCACUGGCCAGAAGUCUGAGCCUGAAGGCCCAGACAUCAGCUCCACCAGCCCCAGCUGUUUCUCCUCAAACCAAGGAUUGGACUCUGUCUACCAAGAACUGGACCUGGACUCCCUGAAUGAAGAUCUUUCCUUGUCUGUUCCAGAAGCCAUGACAGAGACCUCUGCGUCCACAAAUGAAUCCCACCUAGCUUCAGAACCAGAUCUGACGGAGGCUGAGCAAAUGGAGCUCAAAUCUGAGCUUACUAAACUGGAGGAAGAGAUCUUAAACCUGCGCGACCUCCUCGCAGCCAAAGAGAAGCGGUGUGGCGAACUCAAGAGGAAGUUAGGCUGCGUGGCCUUGGUGGGACUGAGGCAGAAUCUGUCCAAGAGCUGGCAUGAUGUCCAGGCCUCCAAUACCUACAUGAAGCAGAAGACUUCAACUGCCCUGGCCUCGGUGGGUUCUGUCAUCUGCAGGAAGCUGGGGGACAUGAAGAAAUCGUCCACGUUCAGGUCUCUUGAAGGGCUGGUGGGUACAGUCAAGUCAAGAGUUGCAGGGGGCAGAGAGCUCGGCACCGGCCUUCUUCCUUCACCAGCGAGUGACAGUGAUCCACACUCGGUUCUGGGGAGUGGUUACGAAGCUGUCACAGGGCUUGAUGAGCAACUGCUUUCUGUCCUGAAGCCAGAGUAA